CUGACUGAGUGACAUCACUCAGGUAACUAAACAGCCGUUUGAAGAGUAAGGUAUGGCUGUGAGAAAGACAAACGACUGAGAGACUGACGGGGAAGCCACACCCGCGAUCAAAUCUGCAUGUUGUAGCUUCAAACUUCUACAGUCAUGACUUUGAGGAGAUCCCGGUUUCUGCUGGUUCUCCUUUGGUUCUGCGUACAGACGAGUUUGUGUCAGCAAGGUGAGCUUUGUUUAGUUUCCAACUGUUGUGUUUUUAGUGUACUCAAUUUAUCGCGGUGGAAAAGAUGUAAACUAGCUAUCUUACAUAUAGAACGUGCUUUUGUUCUUCACGAAUAUUGACUCAAUUUUUUUGAAAGUGUGUUCAUAAUAUUUCACCGUUUUUUAACCAUACGCUGCCAGAGUUGUUUUGAAGAUCUCAGAGCUUCAUGUAAAGUAGGUAAUUGCAGGCUUAUGAGGAUGAGUCAUGCUCAAGGGCCCGCUGACUCAAAUAUGGGUCAGAUUGCCACAGAUAAAUGACGCUUUAGUUUGCAUUUUAAUCACAGCUUCAUUGUCAUACGUUGAAAAAGGGUUUCACAAAUCUGAAACUGUAUUUUAAAGACUCUGGACUCUCUAAAAUAACUUAGUCCAGGUCUUAAAACUAGCAAGGAGUCAUGGGUCUGGAUGAGGACCUGGCCUAAGGUGGUCAAAUAAGGUUUUAGAAUCCAGCCUGUCUAAAAUAAUCAAGUCUGGAUCUGAAAGCCCUUAAUAAUGGGGUCCUGCAUUGUCAUGUGGCCCCAGUUUUUUUAUAUUUAGUGGGCCAAGCUUUGGUAAAGUGAAGCUAAAUCUUAAAGUGCACCUCAAAGAAAUGCAGCAUGCUAGACUACAGCAACAUGACAAAAGUAGUUUAGCUACAUCAAAACUGUUUUUAAUCCGUGUAUUUAUUCAAUAUGUAGGCUAGUUGACUCAAUGUUACGAUUAUCUUGUCCAAUUUAUUUUUUCAAAUUGUAGUCUAUUUUUAUUUAGUCGGCUCACAUUCAAAUUUCUUCAGUUUUUUUUUUAAAGCCAAACAGGUCUUUGUUUAUUUUAGUUUAAGGUGGAAACUUGUUUGCUUCUACUCAUACAUCUGCUCAUCUUCUUCUGUUUCUCUCUCCUACUCAGAGGAUACCAGAGGUUUCACUGGUACAGAAACUAACGAUGGCGUCUGGGUCAGCUCACAUGUCCAACAAGUCCUGAGCAGCCGCCUCACGACCGUCUUCCUCCCGAUCAUCUACAUCAUCGUGUUCGUUGUGGGUCUUCCCACAAACGCCUUGGCGAUAUGGGUGUUCCUCUUCAGGACCAAGAAGAAGCACCCGUCUUCCAUCUACAUGGCGAAUUUAGCCCUGGCUGACCUGCUUUUUGUUAUCUGGGUCCCUUUAAAAAUAGCUUAUCACUUUAAUGGGAAUGACUGGAUCUAUGGUCAGGGGCUCUGUAAGGUGCUGGUGGCGUUCUUCUACGGCAAUAUGUACUGCUCUAUCGCCUUCAUCGCCUGUAUCAGCGUGCAGCGCUACUGGGCUGUGGUCAGCCCGCUGUCCCACCGACAGAGGGAUAACUGCACAGCUGUAGCUGUCUCCGUGACGAUCUGGGCGUUGGUCUGGUUCAUCACGAUCCCCCUCUACCUGUACGACCAAGAGGUCAAAGUCACAAACAUGAAAAUCCACACCUGCCACGACAUCACAAAGCCAAGUCAGAAGAAAACAGCAGCUGGCUACUUCCUGACGAUGGGAACUCUGGGAUUCGUUGUCCCAACUGUUGUGUGCAUCAUCUCCUACGUCCUCAUGCUGAAAGCACUCAGAAGCAGCAUGUCGGACCCCACCAUUGCCAAAAGACGGAGGAAGGCGGUGGUGUUGAUUGUGACGGUACUGGUGAUGUUUCUGGUGUGCUUCACUCCCAGUAAUAUCAUGCUGCUUGUGCACUACAUCCUCCUGCUGGGUGAAGCCAAAAACAACCUUUACGGCUUUUACAUCACCACCCUGUGCCUGGCCAGUCUCAACAGCUGCUUUGACCCUUUUAUUUACUACUUCAUCUCUGAGGACUUCAGGGAGCAUGUGAAGAACACCUUCCUGUGCAGGAGUGAGAGGACUGUGGAGAGGAUGAGGGUCUCGUUCAGCGCUCUGAAGUACUCUCGGAAGACCAACACGUACUCCUCAUCAGGGAACACUCAGAGCACUGACUGUUAGUGGAUUUUAAAGGGUGAUUCUAAUGUUUUUUCAAAACCUGGGCACACUUCUAGACUUAUUUUUGGAUCAGAUAUACCCACGGGUAUCUGACAGGCUCAGAUUGUCAUUUCAAGUGUUUGACAUAAUUACCAAAAUAAUACUUCAGUAAUUUUUUUAAAACCGGAAACAACCUUCAUAUCACUUUUUUCAAAGAUACCAGACUCCACUGACAAAAACAGUAAUUCAAGCUCACAGAGUACUGGAGCUUCUUCCCUGGAUCAUUAAAGUUUCACUGGGGCCAAAUAUGCUCAAUCAAAGCUCUAAAAAUUAUGUUUAUGCACCCAACAGGUUUGGUUUAUUAUUUUGAGUGUUUGACAAAAUUCCUGAAAGCAUCCCUUAUGGGAAAGAUUUUUAUGUUUUGGAGUAAAGUCCUUUUGUUCAAGCCAGAAACAGCAACUAGAUCACUUCUUUUGGAUUUACCAAACCUUAUUAAAAAAAGCAGUUAUUUUACUUUGUAGAGUACAGGAACAUCUUAUGUGCGAACACCUCAAUUAGUUACUCAUAUAUGUAGCUGUGCCUCCAAUGUUUAUUUUGUUCAAGCCAAACUAACCACUUAAAGUGCAAGCAAAUGACUUAAUAGAAGCAGCAGUUGAAAUGUAAUUUCUUUGACAUGUGCUCUAAAAUGUGUAGUUUUCUUAAUGGAAUUUGGUGGCUUUGAUGGCUGCUAUGUAUUGGUCAUUAAGACCCCGAAAUAUAAAGUUGAAAGACAUCAGUGAAGACAGCUGAGCUGAGAUGAGAGCAGAGUACAUAAGUAGACGUGGGAAGUUGCGCAAGAAGAUUGCUUUAGUCAGCAGCUGUAACACCUAUGGUCUAAUCCCUGUGGGCAAAACAUGUGACUGAAGGAUGUCCAUUGAGAGAGUGAGUUUUUUUCCACUGACACUCUCAGUUUGUUAUCUGAGGUGUCCUCUAACAUCAUUCAUGCAAACCUCUUUUACUAAAAAAGCUGCCAAACUCUGUUUCCAAAAACAGUCAUUUAACCUCGCAACAUACAGAAGAUGCUGAUCUUCCGCUCCUUGAGUGUCUUUUUUUCUUUCUUAGUUGUUGCAGGUGAAAAAGAAACUUACAUUUGAUUUGGGAAAAAAAAAAACUGUUUUAAACACUCCAGUCACAUAAUAACACAUUCAAAAUAACAGCAGAGAUGCUGUAGAGCAGCAAGUACUGUGAAAUGGGAAGUAAAAAUCUCUGUUUUUUCAAUGUGGUUUGGUGCAAGAAAUCUUAGCACUGAAACAUGUUUCUAGUUAAAAAGAAACAUCAUCCAUCUGGAUAUAAAGGUCUGUCUCUUUUUAUAUAAAGAAAAAAAGGUCUAAAAGCUUGAGAAAAGAGCACUGUAGGGGUCACUCUGGCAAUAAGGUGGAGCACCUUCAAAACUUUUUGAACCUCUUUAAUGCAGACUAAAAAUAUGCAAAAAUAGAGCCCAGGUUUAAAAAGCUACAGUCCCCCUUUAGGCUCGUGAUUCACUCUCCUCAGGUAUAAAAUUAGCUGUGAUGAAAAGGAGCAAAGCCAUCUAUGCUGCAGACCUACAAGCUUCAAGCUGUCUGAGUUACUGUGUUUUUAUGUUUUGUAAAUACAUUUUUAUUCAUUUUAACAUGUUUGAUAAUGAAGCUUUUAUUUAAUGCACUUUGUGGAUGCAGUUUUGUUUGAUUUUGCUGGGAUAAAGUUGAUUACCAUUUUGAACAUUUUAUCUUUUUUAUUCUGAAAUGUUUACUGAAAAUUUUUGUGAGA